AUCCGGGUAUUUUGACUUAUUUAUUGAAACUUAUUUCCGUGGAGGCUUUUGAGCGAUCGAUAACGCAAUUAACUUCUUGUCCUUCCUUUAAAACAAAGUUAUGAAUGUAACUUGUCGUCAUAACUUCAUAACGAAGCACAUUUAGCGACUAUUCGCUGGACUGGAAGAGUUUGAGGUGUUAGUGGACUUGGCCUUCAUGGAGCAGCUCACUGACGAUGUGAUGGCAGACAUUAAAAAAGACGUGCUGACCAAGCUGCGCCAUUACCUCUGCGGAAAGAUCCGGGCCAGAUGCCACCUGGACUACCUGCGCUCCCGCCGCAUUCUCACCCGGGACGACGCCGAGGAGAUCAACUGCAAGACCACGCAGACCAAGAGGACGGGCCUCCUGUUGGACAUCCUCUCAGAGAACCCCCAAGGUCUGGACACCCUGCUGGACUCCAUCCGGGAGCUGCGAGCGCAGAACUUCAUCAUCGCCAAGAUCACGGACGAGGUGCAGAAGGCCAAGAAUGAGAAGAUGGCGCUUCUAAAAGCUGGAGCAUCCACUUCCUCACCCGGCAGCACCGUCACCUGCAUGACCCCCCAGCCUUCCGGUAUGUUCUCCAUCCACUCCACCUUGCUCCUCCAUCCCGAUGGCGAAGGAAGCCUCCCUGUUUCGGACGGCUUUGCAGAAGGUGGCGGUGACUCUCAGUCCUCCAUGGCUGCUGUCUCCUCCUCAACCUCCUCCUGCCUCCCCAAGCCAGGAGAGCCCGGAGCUCCUCCGCUCCCCGAGGAGGAGAUGGUGGAAGACGGGGGGUCACCGGGCUCCUCCACCUGCAGCAACAUGGCCGAUCCCAACUUCCAACCCCUGCGGUCGCGUUCUCUCACUCAGAGCAACUCUUGAUCAGUCUGCAGUCACAGGGACUAACAGGUAGAUUGAACUAUGCUGCUUUUUCAUCCAAACUACUGUACAUUAUGUUAGACUUUUUUACAUCAUUCCUUCAUCUCUUCUUCUUAUUAGAGGAUCACUAAAUAAAUGUGCUGCAUUUUA